AAAUAGAUACGACAUGAAGAAACAUUACAGCAGUCAUACAGAUGAGAAGCUGUUUGCUUGUAAGUCAUGUGAGAAAAGUUUCAGCGAAAAAGCUCAGCUAAAAAUCCACAUGAGAACUCACACAGGUGAGAAGCCGUACGUUUGUAACACAUGUGGAAAAAGAUUUUCUGGCCUAUCAGUAUAUAAAAUUCACACAGCAAUCUACCACAAGGACAGCCCAUAUUCUUGUGGAACAUGUGGGAAAAAUUUUCGUCAUCAGGAUACCUUGAUGCGUCACAUGAGAACUCACACAGAACUCCCACUGCACUAUGUCUAUCAGGAGGAGGAGGCUCCUGCUGACCUGCUUCGUAAUCAGGAGAAGAACUCUGGUCUGCACCAGAAGGAUCCAGACCAUCUACAGAUUAAAGAGGAACAGGAGGACCCAGAGCCU